GACUUGUCCGGAUCCUUUCGAGUUGCAUGACUCCAACGCAGUGGUAAGCGCAGCAUCGCAUCCACCCGUCGAUCCAUCCGUCUCAAGCGUGAGACGGAUAAAACAAACCGCCAAACCACACCCGGCUACUCUCAUCCUCCCUCUCUUCCUCUCGUCCUCUCUGCCUUCCAUCGCCCGUUAAAGGUACCGCUUCACUUUAUUCCCUGGACAGCUCACUGUAGACAUCGCAUAGCCAUGGCAUCCAAAUACGACUUCGUCGUCGUUGGAAGCGGACCGGCGGGCUGCUCCGUCGCAUUCGGUCUAGCCAACGCUCCUAAGAAGCCGACGGUGCUCCUCUUGGAGGCCGGCGGCGAGAAUGAGGGCCGGGAUCUGCGCGUCGACGGUCAGCGAUGGACGACUUUCAUGAACAAAGAGAUGAACUGGGGGUACAAGACCACGCCCCAGGAGCAUCUGCGCAAUCGCGAGGUGGACUACUCGCGCGGUCUUGGCCUCGGCGGCGGCAGCGCCAUCAAUUUCGGGGUCUUCAGCGUCGGCGCCCGCGACGACUACGAGGAGUGGGCUAACAUCGUCGGCGACGAUUCCUUCCGCUGGGAGAACAUACAGAAGCGUUUCAAGCGCCUGGAGACCUUCCACGGCGCGCUGCCCGCCGGCAUCGACAAGAAGUAUGCCGCGCCCAAGCCUGAGGAUCACGGCACUUCGGGCCCCCUGAAGGUCGGCUACGCUGCCGAGUGGGAGAAGGACCUCCCUGACCUGCUGGAUACCUUUGAGAAGGCCGGUUUCCCCCUGAACCCCGAUCACAACUCGGGGAAUCCUAUCGGCAUGGCGACGGUGAUCAACUCUUCGAACUGUGGCGUUCGCUCAACUGCGGCCGACCUGAUAACGCCCCCGCCAAGCAAUCUGACGGUGCUUACCCGGUCGACAGUGCAGCGCGUGAUUCUCGAGGGGAAGAAGGCUGUCGGCGUAGAGUCAAACGGCAAGAAAUAUUUCGCGUCCAAGGAGGUCAUCUUAUGUACGGGCGCGCUCGACACGCCCAAGAUCCUUAUGCAUUCUGGUAUCGGACCCGCCGAGCAGCUCGGAAAAUUUAACAUCCCCGUCGUCCAGGACUUGGAUGCGGUAGGGAAGGGCCUGCGCGACCACAUGUUCUGCCCGAUCGUGUACACGCGCACAGAGACGAGCACGAGCCGGGCGUCCUUCUACGGCGACGAAAAGGUGAUGGAGACGGCGCUGGACCAGUGGAAGCGGGACGGGACGGGCCCGUGGUCGACGUACGGGUGCGAGACGGGCAUCGGCUGGUUCAAGCUCGAGGACAUGGCGAGCUGGCCCGAGUUCACGGCGCUGCCGGCGAGCGAGCAGCAGUACCUGCAGCGGGAGACGGUGCCGCACUACGAAAUCUUCACGCACUGCCCCGUGCACUGGAUCCUGCCGGACUUCCCGGCGUCGGCGCUCAACUACUCGUGCCUGCUCGUCUUCUACUACAACGCGCAGAGCCGCGGCGAGGUGACGCUGCAGUCGGCGGACCCGGCGGUGCCGCUGCGCUUCAACCCGCGCUUCCUCGGCUCGCCCUUCGACCGCCGCGUCGCGGUCGAGGCGCUGCGGCGGGUGGUGCGGUUCGCGGCCAGCGAGGGCUACGCGCGCGACAACGUCGCCCUGUUCGCGGGCCCCGCGUCCGACGACGACGACACCCUGCUCGACUACUGGAUCCAGAACCUCGGCUCGAGCUGGCACAUGACGGGCACGGUCAAGAUGGGCACCGCCGACGCCGCCGACGCCGCCGUCGACAGCGACUUCCGCGUCCGCGGCAUCGAGGCCCUGCGCGUCGCCGACAUGAGCGUCGUCCCCGUCCUCGCCAGCUGCCACGUCCAGGCCGUCGCCUACGUCACGGGGCUCACCUGCGCCGAGAAGCUCGUGCGCGAGUACGGCCUCGAGUAGCGAGCGAGGGUCUCGACCAGGAAUAGGGAGCAUACGUGGUAGGUAAGUAUCAGGUAGAAACGUCUCGGUAUGAGCGCAGGUUUCCCGCUCUCGACAUCCGCGGCCGUGUGCGAUAAGACUACGUUGACUAAUACGCAUGCAUCGAGAGUCCCGCGUAU